AGGUGGCGCCUGGUGUGCAUGCACGCCGAGGGGCUGGCGGCCCAGGACUUCGCGGCCCUGCCGGAGGCGGUCCGCGAGUUCGAGGUGGGCGGCGCGGGCGUCGUGCGCAUCGGGCGGCACCACCAGGCGCGCGCGUUCGAGGCGCUGUUGUCCGGGGCCCCCAUGUGCCUGAGCUACAUCUCGCGGACGCACCUGCAGCUGGAGGUGCAGGGGUCGGGGCUAUGGAUGACGAACGUGAGCAGCAACCAGAUCUACGUCAAUAGCGAGCCCGUGGCCAAGGGCGAGUCCAGGCUGGUCAGCCAGGACCACACAGUGAGCUUUGCCCGGCUCGAGAGCUCGUCCCACGUCCUCUUCCUGAAGCUUCAGGUUCACGCGCCCGAGGGCGUCCGAGACGCCCGCUGAGCGCGCUGGGGGCCGGGCCGGGCCAGUCCACCGGUCGCCCGGCAGUGGAGGCUGUCUUUGGUUUGGCGACGGCGAGGGGGCGA